AUGCCCCGCGCGGCGCGGAGCUGGGCGGCGGCGGCGGGCGUCUGCGCCUGCCUCCACGUCCUCCACGUCCAGGCGCUGUGCGGGGGCCGCCGCGCCUUCCCCGACGAGCGGCAAGAGCACUUUAUCAAGACAUUGCAAGAAUACCACGUGGUUGAUCCUGCAAGAGUAGAUGCGAAUGGGCAUUUUCUUUCUUUUAAUUUACGCCAUCACAUCUCAAACACAAGGAAGAAGAGAGACCUCAGCAAAAAGGAAAAUGUGGUAUAUUAUAAAAUUAACCAUGAGGAGAAGGAUCUGUUUUUUAACUUGACUGUCCACAUGGGAUUUCUUUCCCAUAACUACAUAGUAGAAAGGAGACGUGGCAACCACACUAGUGCGAAGAUCACAACUCGCUCAGGAGUUCCUUGCCAUUUCAUUGGCACAGUAUUGCAGCCAGAUUCUGGGAGCGGAACUGCCGCAAUCAGCACUUGCAAUGGCCUGACUGGAUAUUUUCAUCUGCCCCAUGGAGAUUACUUCAUUGAGCCCAUUAAAAAACAUCCACAGAAAGAGGGAACACCUCAUCCUCAUAUUAUCUAUGGGGCAAAUAUCCUUCAAAAUGCUUUAAGGAGAAGACGUGCGAUUCCUACGGAGAAAGAACAAGCAUGUGGAUUGGAUGAUACCUUCAGUUUUUUCCAAAGCCAAGAGCGUCAAAGGGAGAGAUGGGAACGAAAUCACACUACUAUCAGAAAGGUUUCGCGGCGCUCUGUCAGCAAGGAACGAUGGGUGGAGACGCUUGUGGUUGCAGACAGUAAGAUGGUUGAAUAUCAUGGAAGUGACCAUGUGGAGUCGUAUAUCCUCACUAUCAUGAAUAUGGUCACAGGGCUCUUCCAUGAUCCAAGCAUUGGCAAUGCAAUUCACAUUGUACUGGUUCGGCUCAUCCUCUUCGAGGAGGAGGAGCAAGGCUUGAAGAUAGUUCACCAUGCUGAUAAGACAUUAGCCAGCUUCUGCAAAUGGCAAAAAAGUGUCAACCCCAAGAGUGAUGUCAACCCUGCACACCAUGAUGUAGCUGUCCUCCUAACCAGAAAGGACAUUUGUGCCGGCAUGAAUCGUCCGUGUGAAACCUUAGGUUUGUCUCAUCUGUCGGGCAUGUGUCAACCUCACAGAAGCUGUAAUAUUAAUGAAGAUUCUGGCCUUCCACUGGCAUUCACUAUUGCUCAUGAACUGGGACACAGUUUUGGUAUCCAGCAUGAUGGAAAAGAGAAUGACUGUGAGCCCAUUGGAAAGCGUCCAUAUAUUAUGUCUCGGCAGUUGCAGUACGAUCCCACUCCCCUCACCUGGUCUCCGUGCAGCAAGGAAUACAUCACACGUUUUCUGGACCGAGGAUGGGGAUUCUGUUUGGAUGAUAUACCCCAAAAAAAAGUUCUGAAGUCUCCAGUCAUUGCCCCCGGAGUGAUUUAUGAUGUACAUCACCAGUGCCAGCUUCAGUAUGGUUCUAACGCUACUUUCUGUGAAGAUGUGGAUAAUCUUUGCCAAACCCUCUGGUGCUCAGUGAAAGGCUCCUGCCGUUCCAAACUGGAUGCUGCCGCAGAUGGCACUCGAUGUGGAGAAAACAAGUGGUGCUUCUCUGGUGAGUGCAUUACAGUGGGCAAGACUCCAGAAGCAGUCCAUGGUGGAUGGGGUGUUUGGUCAUCCUGGUCCCAUUGCACAAGGACGUGUGGGGCAGGAGUUCAGAGUGCAGAGAGACCAUGUAAUAACCCAGAACCACAGUUCGGAGGAGACUACUGCACUGGAGAAAGGAAACGUUACCGCAUCUGUAACAUUAGUCCCUGUCACAAGAGCACACCAACCUUCCGUCAGAUGCAGUGUAGUGAGUUUGAUACAGUUCCCUACCAGAAUGAAUUCUACCACUGGGUUCCAGUUUAUAACACAGCUAACCCCUGUGAGCUCCACUGUCGCCCAGUAGAUGGCCAUUUUUCAGAGAAGAUGCUUGAUGCUGUCACCGAUGGUACUCCAUGCUUUGAAGGAAGCCACAGCCGAGAUAUCUGUAUUAAUGGCAUGUGUAAGACUGUUGGCUGCGAUUAUGAGAUAAAUUCCAAUGCAACUGAAGACCAAUGUGGAGUUUGCCUGGGAGAUGGCUCUGCUUGUCAUACAGUGAAGAUGACGUUUAAUCAAAGUGAAGGAUUUGGAUAUGUUGAUAUUGGGCUAAUUCCAAAAGGUGCAAGAGGUAUCAGAGUCACAGAAGUGGCAGAAGCAGGAAACUUCCUUGCUGUUCGAAGUGAAGACCCAGAAAAAUAUUACCUGAAUGGAGGUUUUAUCAUCCAAUGGAAUGGUGAAUACAAAGUGGCAGGAACGAUAUUUCAGUAUGACAGAGCAGGUGAUCUGGAAAAUCUGACUGCUCCAGGACCCACCAAUGAAUCAGUAUGGAUACAGCUGCUUUUUCAGGAGACUAACCCUGGAGUCAUGUAUGAAUAUACUGUACGUAAAGAAGAAAGCCAUGAGAAUGAGAUUGGCGAGCCAGAGUAUUUUUGGCAGUACGGAGAUUGGACAGCCUGCAGUGUUACAUGUGGAAAAGGAGUGCAGCGCCAGAUUGCCCACUGCAUGUGGAAGGGAAGUGGAGCAAUCAAAAACUCUUUCUGUGACCCAGCAACACAGCCAAAUGGACGACAAAAGAAAUGCUAUGAAAAGGACUGUCCACCCAGAUGGUGGGCAGGAGAAUGGCAAAAAUGUUCAACUACAUGUGGCCCAACAGGACAGAAGAAGCGAACCGUACUUUGCAUCCAGACAGUGGGAUCUGAUGAGCAAGCGUUGGCUGUCACAGAGUGCCAACAUCUGCUUAAGCCAAAAACUCAUCUUUCAUGCAAUAGGGAUGUCUUGUGCCCUUCUGACUGGACAGUGAGCAACUGGACAGAGUGCACAGUUACUUGUGGUGGUGGAAUAAGAACUCGUAAUGUCACUUGUGCCAAAAAUAAUGAUGAGCCAUGUGAUAGUUCCAAGAAACCAAACUCUAAGGCCCUGUGUGGUCUCCAGCAAUGUCCUUCUGCUGGAAGAUUUCUCAUACCCCCACUGGCACCCAGAAGAGGAAAGAUAGUUAUCAGAAAAACAGCCAUUAAUCCCAAAUGGGCUUCUCCUGGAAGAAUACCUAUACCCAUACCAAGCCCAAGGUUCCACACAACAACAAAAAUACCCAGGUCUGAAAGUAUAACUGCCUGUUUGCCUACAUCCUCUGUUUUGGGUAAUGUUUCAGAAAAAGAAGGAACAAUCAACAAAACAUUACAAAACAAUUCUGCUGGCUCAAGUAAUGUUUACAAUUAUUCUGGUGCUUUUACUGAACCUAGUUCACACCAAAAUACUACUUCAUGGCCUUUUCAUAACAGCUCAAGUACUGAAAAUAUAAGGCGUGCUGAAAAUGUUUCUGAGAGUGAGCCAGUUUUUACAGUGAAGAGUGAAGCACCAAGAAGUGAGGACAGUCAUGUAUUCUCAUUCACCAAAGGUCCAGAAAUAACUCCUAGCUAUGAUUACCUAACUGAAGAAUCUGAUGACAUCAGUGUGUCAGUAGGAAGUAGUGAGAAACCGACUGAGCUCCUUUACAGCACAGAACUCAAUCCCGAAAUCAGAACCAGGAGCAUGACACUAGAUACUAGGUCUCGUGUCCUGCAGCGUGAUAGUGUGACUUCUCAGGUGUCCCCAGCCUCUCAUCACCAAGAAUCUUCUAUGCUCCUUCCUGUUAGUGAAGCACCACAAGGACUGGCAUUUCCAACAACAGCAAACUCUAUCAGUUUGCAAUUUGAUGUGCCUGCCGUGGAAGUUGCCACCCAAGAAGCAUCUGUUACAGUAAUGCCCGCAAUGUUUAGUAAUCGACUGAGAGACCAGAUUGACCAGGUUACAGAAAUAAAGCUACCUGACAGUUUCACCAACAGCACGCAAUCGCCGCCUCUCCAGCAUGCUCCCAGGAGCCAAAGUGCAACAUCUGAGGGGGUUCUGCUGAAUGUCACAGAAAACAGACACCUAAUAACAGCCAACAAUUUACGUGCUGAGGCCUACUGGAUAGUAGGGAACUGGAGUGAGUGCUCUACCACCUGUGGGCUGGGGGCGUUCUGGAGACACGUGGAGUGUAGCAGCAGGGAUGCAUCCGACUGCCAGCACACCAAAAAGCCUGAUCCUGCAAGAAGAUGUUAUCUCCGCCCUUGUGCGAGCUGGAAAACAGGAAAUUGGAGCAAGUGCUCUGCAAACUGCAGUGGCGGUUUCAAGACCCGAGAUGUUCACUGCGUGGAUGUUCGUGAGAAGCGAGUUCUCAGGCCUUUUCAUUGCCAAUUAUUUGGAUAUAAACCACAGCUCAACACCAGCUGUAAUAUGGAGCCUUGCUUGCAGUGGCAAGUGGAGCCCUGGAAUGAGUGCACUGUUUCUUGUGGAGGAGGCAUUCAGCAAAGAACAGUGAAGUGCAUGAAUAGAGAGAGCAAUGAAACUGAAGAUCACAGUAUGUGUGUGGAUAAGCCCAAGCCAAUGGAGUAUCAGAAAUGCAAUCCACAGGAGUGCGGGAGAAGUACAGGCCUAUCCUGCAGCAAAGACCAGCUGUCGGUUCAUUUCUGCCAGAGGCUGAAAGGCAUUGGCAAAUGCUCGGUGCCAUCAAUACAGACUCAGUGCUGCUUCACAUGUAGCCAUCCCCAGAUUCGUAACAAAGCAAGAUAUUGGAAUCAGCGAGGCCUCAAACAACAGAAUUACUCUAAGUCUAGAAGAAAAUCACCUAAAAGCCAAGAAAUUAACAACCAACCUGUUCAACACUAGCUGUUUUUUAUAUAGCUAAUUUAAACAGGGCUUCUGUUUACAGAUUUUUAAUGUUUUUUUUUUCUUUUGAACCAUCCAAUAUAAAUGGAAUUCUGUGAUCAAAACACAUCCUGUAGGGUUGGCAAUCUUAGUUUACUCCUCCAAAUUUUUCCUUUAAUGGUCCAUAAUUUGUAACAUAACUUGAAAUGUACCAGCAGUUAGUACUUCUUAGAUGUGCAUAGAGGCUAGAGAUAAGCUUGCAAGUUUUUUUUUUUUUUUUUUUUUUUUUAAAUGAAUGUUUAAUUUGUGCUUUCUUCCAUCUCUUCUUGAAACCUCCUUGAAAUGGCAGCACCAUGUACCCAAGAGCACUCAGUGAAGGAGUGCCCUAUGUGUUCUGCACUCUGGGCCAGGCCCCUCUGUGCUCACUCUCUUUCCCCCCCUCCCCCCCCAAAGGAAUCAAGGUGAAGUGGCAGUGUUUCUCCAAACUGUUUGCUCACUUCCAUCCAUCCUAAAAUCUAAAUUUACAAGCGGAAUUUUAUAACUGAUCAUGAUAUGUAGGCCAAAUCUAAACACCAUUUCUUAAAAGGAAAGUUGUUCACUUAAUACUUGACUGAACAUCUAAGGAUACCUCAGAAAUAUCUGGUCCUGGCCAGUUUUGUCCUGCUGUAAAUGUCUUACUCCAACCUAAAAGCCCAAUCAAAUCUGGAAUGUUAAGUUCCAAAUAUGUUUUAAGUGGUCAUGAAGCAGCAUGGUACCAUAAAAACAAAGCUGUUUGCAUCUACUCCAUUACCAGAUAGGUUGUAAUUCACUCUGAUAUGGACGUAAUUCACACUGAUGGAGCAAUUACUUAAUCCAGUGUCUACUAGAAGAGUCUAAGCUCAUAUCUACAACAUUACUCAGUCACUUCACUCCCAGCAAACUUUUGCCCCAGUGCAAAUCUUCGACCUUAACGAGAGUGAGAGCAGCUGGCUGUUUGGAGUUGGAGACCUGGAGUGGCUGGCUAGCUCUGGGCCUCAAUCAUCAGGAGAAUAUUACCCAGACAGUCGAUCUAUUUUACUGUUGAAGUAAAUGACAAGCAACCUUUAGAAGACCAGACUGGACCCUCUGAAGUGUAGCUGGGCAUUUCAGAAGAGCUAGACUGAGUCUGGCAUUCAGAUUCCAUUGAAACUCAUUAGGAGUUGGACACACUGGUCCUUUGUGCUCUUUUGAAUAUCUCAGAUUUACUCCCUAGCUACCUGACAAUUUCAGGAUGUAAAACAGGGAAAUGACACGUUUUAUGCAAUGUAGAGUGAGACACACAGCCACGAAUGUAAGUGUCACUAUGGAUACAGAGCUAAGAUUAGCAGUAGUUUUAUUUCUAGACAGACCUAUAUGAAAGUUAACAGAAAUGUUUGGGGCUGGCUAUAAUGCAUUAAUCUAAUGAAGACCACAAAUCUAACUGUCCUUUUUCAUAGACAGAUUUGAGACCUUUGGCUAAGAGUUUGCUUCUUCACUUGAAGUCUCUAGGAGUUCAGGAUAUGCAGCAUGGGAAGGUUAGACUUAACCUCUGUGAUGGCAAUGUAACCUCAAUUAUAGAUAGGUGCUGAUAAAACUUAAAAUCCACUGUUAAAAAUAUGGUGCUAGUAUAAUAGACAUGGAGGGUGCUUUAAAGUGGUAUGUGUGCAUGCAUGUGUGUGUACAUGGCCUAUAUGCACAUACAACAUAAUACAUAUCUACGGUGUUGCUGGCCAAUGCCAGACAUACUGCUUUUUAAGUAUUACAGUAUGCUUAUGUCCUUCUGAAGACCUGAAUGGUUAGUAACUCUCUGAGCAAUAGAAACCAGGUCAGUUCUUAUUCCACUGACUGUAGCAACACUGAAUUGUGUUGUGGGGGGGAGGCGUCCCAUCUGUGAUUCAGGAAGCGUUUGGCCUCAGGCUCAGGUUGAGCAGAACCUGUACAGCUAGGUCUGAGCUGUUCUCUGAUGGCCGAACGACCUAAGCUGGUGCAAAUGCAUCUGAUGUGCCCAGAGAUGUGUCUCAGGAUUUGGGCAGGUCAAUGCUAGAUUCACUUUGGAGUGAGCAUCUUCUGUGCUCAGAGGUACCUGAAAUGUGUAUCCACAGGGAACAGUGGCCCAAGGCCAUCGGACAUGUAGACUAAUAAGAAAGGAGAUGACUGAGUGAACAUAGUGCAGGUGGAAGGAAGAGAGCCUGGGGGGAGAUGUGCCUUGCAGUCUUCCUUACAGCUAGUGUGGAUUAAAACCAUUUCUGGCUUCAUUGUUUUCUUCAGGGAGCUGCAAUUUCCUUCGAAAUUGAGAAAAGUGAGUAAGUGAUAUCGUGAACGUGAAUGAAAAUGAUCUUUCUACCCAGGGAAGUACAGUCAUCACUGUUACUCAGCCUAAAACUUUAGGGAAAAGACUGUGACAAUAGCAGGAACUGUUUUAAUAAAGCAGUGCCACUGCAGUAUUUUGUGUAGGUUUUUACAUUGCACUCAUCAGCCUAAAUAUCUCCUCUAUGCCAAUUUUAUUUGCAGUCACCUCUCCAAUCCAUUUAGCAAGAUUCCUUUUUUAUGACAUGACUUUUUUUGAGUAAAGGUGGGUUUAUGGUCUUAACCCAGAUGGUUGCUAUUCUCAAAAGUGAAUAGAGAGUUAAAUCCAGAAGCAUAUCAUUGUAUUAUCCAUAUUCUGACACAUCAGCUUCUUCAAGUGGCUCAGGAAAAAUGUUUAUUUGGCACAUUCACUACUUGUUCUAACAUUUCAAAUUUUAAAAAGCAAACUAUGAUGACUUCUUUGUUAAAGCUCCAAUAAAUGGCAUUGCUUAUGUCUGA